CUGGCAAUCCAACAGAUAUUGGAGAGGGAAAACUUGAAAACCAAAAUCAUGGACUUCAUCAAGUUUGACGUCGGCAACGUGGUCAUGGUGACCGGCGGGAGGAACACCGGGCGUGUAGGAGUGAUCAAGAACAGGGAGAAGCACAAGGGCAGCUUCGAGACCAUCCACGUCGAGGACUCCAUGGGCCACCAGUUCGCCACCCGCAUGGGCAACGUGUUCACCAUCGGCAAGGGCAACAAGCCGUGGGUGAGCCUGCCCAAGGGCAAUGGUAUCAAGCUCAGCAUCAUCGAGGAGCAGAGGAGGCGCGAUUUCAUUGCCCAGGCUACUGCCAACGCAUAAGUUCUCUGA